AGAAAAACAAUGAGUGAAUGCGGAACUGACUCAGCCAAUAACACAUCUAAAUGUAAUACUCAAGGUAUAGACCUCCAGUGCUAUCUCAUUCUGAACAGUGCUACACAGAAGAGCUUCAUCGCAGUGCUCUGUAUUUUAGUAGGAACCCUGUGCAUAUUGGAAAACUCAUUGGUUCUCUUCAUAUUAUGGUCCUCAGCCCGUCUGCGGAAGAAACCUUCCUACAUGUUCAUUAGCAGUCUGGCUUUGGCCGACUUACUGGCCAGUCUUGUGUUCUCAUACAGCUUUGUUGACUUCCAUGUUUUCCACGGCGGAGGAACUCUUGUCAUCUUCUUGUUCAAGCUUGGUGGUGUCACAAUGUCCUUCACAGCCUCACUUGGAAGUUUGCUUCUCAUGGCUUUUGACAGAUAUAUUUGUAUUCACAAACCAUCUGCGUAUAAGGCAAUAGUGACCAGGAAGAGAGCUCUGUUAGCGUUGGUCAUGAUGUGGAUCACCACUGUGUUUAUUUCCUUUUUACCACUCAUGGGUGUAAAUUGUUGUCAGCUACAAACUUCCUGCUCGGAACUCUUCCCGCUGAUUGACAACAGAUAUUUAGCAAGCUGGAUUGUGCUGGUUAUGGUUCUUCUAAUGUUUAUCAUAUUUUCCUAUGCACUUAUCAUGUGGAAGGUGCGGAGUCAUUCAUUGUAUAUGGAGAGAUAUAACAAGCAAAAUGAACAAGGGAAAAGGCGACUACGAAUUGAUCUUAUGCUUGCCAAAACUCUGACCUUGGUGCUAUCAGUGCUAGUGGUUUGCUGGUCACCAGCUCUCUUUAUGAUGAUACAUAGUUUGCUGUUUUCACUAAGUAAAACCACUAAGGCAAUUUUUGCCUUUUGCAGUACUCUUUGCCUGAUCAACUCAAUGGUUAACCCUAUAAUUUAUGCCUGGAGAAGCGGGGACUUACGUUCUAAAAUAAUUAGGGGUCUCACAAAGUGCAAAUGCCCUUUAAGGCUCACAGGAAAGCAGCCGGACGGGGAUGAUGGCAUGGAAAGCCCAGGUAUUAAUACUAUAUGUGAAGAUACAGUUUGCGACACAGAAAUUAGUAAAUAAGUCAUGCAUAAUGACAAAUAAAGGACAUUCAUUUUGUAAACAUAAAUACCCUGUACAAAUUGAAAUUAUU